ACGCAUAUUCUUGCUCUUUACUUUCUUCAUCAUGAACAAAGAAAAAAAAUUGAAAACUGAAAUUUACAUUAUACCAAUAAAAUGGCAUUACCAAAGCUUCAAUUUGUAGUCAUCUUCGUCUUAUGUUCUCUCCUUGUUACUUGCCAGUCAAAAGAUGUAAGAGAGAAUGCUGCUCAUCCUUCACAUUGUGUCUACAAAGGUCUGUGUGUGAGCAACCCAGACUGUAAGAGUCAGUGUGGACCACCUGAGUUUCCACCGGAGACCAUCGGCUUAUGCCAAGCUAGUCCUAGGGGUCAUGGCAACAUUUGCUGUUGUGCUAAAGAUUAAUAUUCUCCGACCAACUAAGAACAGAAAAAAUGUAGUUUUUAUCUUAUGCUAAAAACUAAAUGUAAUUGUU